CCGGCUGGGCAGGAUUCCGGACAACGCCUGGUUCCUCUCGGGUCCUUCCGGCGUCGCCGGAGUGAAUUGAUCCGGGAGUUGAAGAGGGCUCCAAAGGUGGGAAGUGAAGUCAGUGCCUCAGUUGCCGGUCAGUGUAUGUUUUGUUCCCCAUUUCACACCAAGAGAGAAAAGAAACACUGCAGUGAAUGAAGAUUCCUCUGCAUUUUAGCACUGCUUUUUCUACUGUAGUUGGCUUUUGAAUGAGGAUGACAAUGGAAGAGAUGAAGAAUGAAGCUGAGACCACUUCCAUGGUUUCUAUGCCUCUCUAUGCAGUGAUGUAUCCUGUGUUUAAUGAGCUAGAACGAGUAAAUCUGUCUGCAGCUCAGACACUGAGAGCUGCUUUCAUUAAGGCUGAAAAAGAAAAUCCAGGUCUCACACAAGACAUCAUUAUGAAAAUUCUAGAGAAAAAAAGUGUAGAAGUUAACUUCACUGAAUCCCUUCUUCGAAUGGCAGCUGAUGACGUAGAAGAGUACAUGAUUGAACGACCAGAGGCAGAAUUCCAGGACCUAAAUGAAAAGGCACGGGCACUUAAACAGAUUCUCAGUAAGAUCCCAGAUGAGAUCAAUGAUAGAGUGAGGUUUCUGCAGACAAUCAAGGACAUAGCUAGUGCAAUAAAGGAACUUCUUGAUACAGUGAAUAAUGUCUUCAAGAAAUAUCAAUACCAGAACCGCAGGGCACUUGAACACCAAAAGAAAGAAUUUGUAAAGUACUCCAAAAGUUUCAGUGAUACUCUGAAAACGUAUUUUAAAGAUGGCAAGGCAAUAAAUGUGUUCAUAAGUGCCAACCGACUAAUUCAUCAAACCAACUUGAUACUUCAGACCUUCAAAACUGUGGCCUGAAAGUUGUAUAUGUUAAGAGAUGUACUUCUCAGUGGCAGUAUUGAACUGCUUUAUCUGUAAAUUUUAAAGUUUGACUGUAUAAAUUAUCAGUCCCUGCUGAAGGGAUCGAAUCCAGGAUGUUGAAUGGGAUUAUUGCCAUCUUACACCAUAUUUUUGUAAAAUGUAGCUUAACCAUAAUCUCACACUGAAGAUUUUGCAUCACUUUUGCUAUUAUCAUUCUUUUAAGAAUUAUAAGCCAAAAGAAUUUACGCCUUAAUGUGUCAUUAUAUAACAUUCCUUAAAAGAAUUGUAAAUAUUGGUGUUUGUUUCUGACAUUUUAACUUGAAAGCGAUAUGCUGCAAGAUAAUGUAUUUAACAAUAUUUGGUGGCAAAUAUCCAAUAAAUAGUUUACAUCUAUUAAACAUUUCUUUACUUGAAGAAAAAUGCAUAUAUAUGUGUGUGUAUAUAUAUAUAUGAUCAGAAGACCAAGACAACUUGGUAUAAUGUCUAAAGAACUUCUAAGGGGAGCUUAUUAGCAGUUUAUCACUUAAUAAAGCAACAAGAUUUCCUAUUUUUUGUCCUUAAUCACUUUGGGCAAAAAGUAGUCAUGGAAGUAUUUUUGUUAGUGAUUACUACUCAAUAUUUUUCCAUUAUUUCCAACCUGUUUUAAGAAACUUCUGAGAACGAUAUGGCAAUGUAUAGUGUCUUCACACUAUGAUGCCACAUUUUUUUAACUCUGACAACAUGGAUUUGAUAUUUUGAACUCUGACGAUGUUGAUUGAGACACUGAGUCUUUUUGGUAUGCUGGGCCCUAAUAAGUGUGCACAAUUUUUUUCAAAAAUAGCCACAAUUAAUAGUAAUUUGAAGUUAUGCCUAUAGUUGCUUUGAAAUUGUCAUGAGUGUCAAUAUUAUUUACACUCUUUAAUAUGUACAAUUUGUUUCACCAUAGAGAGAUUUCAAGGAAAUUAUGUAUCAAGUAUUCAUGUUAAGUGAUUUCAUUUUUCAAUUAUAAAAUAAA